CCGGGCCCCUGCCCUGCGCCGGUUGUCGGGCCUUCUACGCGCUUCACAAGUGCAAUUUGGGCGCCGUUCAGCGUUUCGCAGCUCCACCGCAACAGAACACACGGCUCGGACGCUUGUGAUAGCCUGCUCAAACUUCAUGGGCAAGUUUUAUGCAGUCCGCGUGGGGCGCAAGCCAGGUAUUUACAGCGACUGGGCUGAAGUGAAGCCGCUGGUCGAUGGGUUCGCCGGAGCGCAGCACAAAUCCUUCAAGUCGCGCUCUGAAGCAGAAAAGUACCUUGGCCUGACAUGGAUUGAGCGAGGGGAGCGCGGCUCCGGCAGCAGCAAACGCAGCCGUGACGACUGGGACGACGACGAUGACUUCGACUACCCGGACCCGCCGCCCGCUCCAGCGCUGCGUCAGAAUCCAUACCUGCCCCCCUCCGACCAAAAUGCUCGGGGGCCCCCGUCGCGGGGCGAUGACCGCUCUGGCCGUGGCGCCUCCUUAUCAGGGAGAGGCGCCGCACCGGCACCCGUGCUGCCCACUAUCGGAGUGAUGAUCCUGGGCGGAGGCGCGCCCGAGGUCCGGAGCGCCUCGGCCGCAAGAAACCUGACCACCGGCCGAGCAGUGGGAGUAAGCGGAGGUACCGCAGGCGGUGUCAGCAGAGGGGGCGGGAGGUACGAGCCUGUAAUCGAGGGGCCGCUGCAGCCCAUCAGCAGCGGCACCCUGUACCAGUUGGAAUUCGACGGUGCCGCGCGCGGGAACCCGGGCCAGGCGGGCUGCGGUGCUGUGCUGCGGCGGGAGGACUCCGGAACAGUGGUGUGCCGACUGCGCAAGUACUUGGGCGCCAGCUCCACCAACAACGAGGCCGAGUACACAGCGCUCCUGGAGGGGCUGAGGAUGGCCAAGCGACUGGGCGUGCGGCGCGUUGAGGCAAAGGGCGACAGCAAGCUGGUGGUGAUGCAGGUGGAGGGCAAGUGGAAGGUGAACGCCGAAAACCUGCGACCGCUGCGGGAGGCGGUCGUGCAGGAGGUGCGCGGCUUCGAGUCUUUCAAGAUCGGCCAUAUCCCCCGGGAGUGGAACUCAGACGCUGACAAGUUGAGUAAUGACGCGAUCGACCUUGCGUACAGCUAGGCAGCGCAGGCGCAUGCGGCCUGUGACGCCGCCCGCCCCCAUGCGAACGCAGUGUUUUAGUGCGUCACCUGUACAGUUGCGCUGAAAGGGGGCGCUGCUCGCGGCACGGUACUGAACACGCACUUCGAGGACUUGACUGGUGUGGUUGGCGGCAGGAUGCCAGCGGCAAUGCCGAUGCCUGCUGCAUGUAGCGCGCGCGCUCUGCGUACUAUAGAUGGUUCAGGGCACGACUGCCAGGAUGGGAUGCCUGCGGUGAUCCUGGUACUGACGGUAGUUGGUACCGCACUUCGUGAGCUGCGACCUGCUAGGGAACUAGUGGUACGACUUCUCUCGAACUCCUGGUACAAGAUGAGGUGCAUACGUACAAGGAAUAAUGGGUACAGCGUGGCACAUCUGACGUCUGCAUGGCCGCUCUACGAUUAGAUGCAGGGAUCGGGGUGUCCGUUAGGUGGCAUCGAUGUAGAUCUGUGGGCGGUGAAGCGUCAAAUGCGCUCGAAUGAAGCGCAGGAGCGUGAGCGCAGGGCCAUGGGCAAGUCCCAGUGUGCAGCGCAAUCGUACAUAGUUGAUAUAAAGUCUUGUGUUGAUGUUUUUUUUGGUGGGGCGAGGCUUGUUUUGUACAUUAAAUUCUCUUUGUACGUAGUAGGUGUGACAGCGGGUGUCGCGUAGGGGGCGGUGGAGGGUGGGGGGUGGGGGGGAGGGGGGGAGUGGGCAAGUCGGGCCAUCAGGCAGGCAGCCCACUCUCCACAGGCGCGAUAGUACCAGUAUAGAAACACAUUCUUGACUGUUCAACGGCGCCAGAAUGGGAACAGGCGCGACUUGUACGGGCUGCCUCAUCCCGAGCCGA